AUGUCCGCGCAGGAACUGGCCGACAACUCUCUGAUCGACACUUGGGCACUUGUCCGAAACCUUUUCUCGCGCGAGGAGUACCAUUUACAGCAGAUUGCAAGACUUGAACGGUCACUUGCGAAUGCGGGACACAGAAACCAUCAAGACCGCACCGCCUAUAACUCUCUUCACCAACAAUAUGAGAGUCUCUACCAAGCCUACACUGAUCUCCAAGCCGAGCACGAGCGCCUCAAACAAGAACUCGCUACCCUGCAACGUCAAUGUUGCCAUAAGCAGGAUCAUAGUCCAAAUGUUGAAAGCGCACAGGCGGGAGCUUGA